AUGUUGGAAGCCUUUAUUUUGACCAAUACGCAAUCUUUGGUAGAUGAUGAGACGGAGAGUAGCCACUCGAAGCGCCGUCAUCGUACGAAUUUUACUUCAUGGCAGCUGGAGGAAUUAGAACAAGCCUUCCUUAAAAAUCAUUAUCCUGAGGGUAGCUUAAGAGAAACAUUGGCAAAGCGUUUGAACUUGAAAGAAAGCAAAGUCGCUGUAUGGUUUCAAAACCGUCGAGCCAAGUGGCGAAGAAGAGAGAACACGAAAAAGGGGCCUGGUCGGCCGGCGCACAACUCUCAUUUACAGAUAUGUUCUGGCGAGCCGAUGUCUUUAGAGGAACUUCGCGCAAAAGAAAAAGCAAAAAAGCAAAAACGAAUUUCUAGGUUAAUUGUGCGACGAGCUAGGAGAUUGCGUCUUAAAAACAUCGAAGCAGACAUCGCACAAAUGAAGCGUGAUUACAUUGCUCAACUUUCUGCCAGUGAAAUCCUUUCUGAAGAAAAAUUGCACGGUGCCGAUAAGCCGUUUCCGACCGUCUCUGUCGACGGUUAUUUGAGCCCAAAUAGUGGGCACAAGCCAAGCAUCUUAAAAAAUGCGAAGGGAGUUGAAAAAUCGAGAAAACCCAAUGAUUCGAUGGCCGAAUAUUUGCGGGCGAAUCUUAAUAAUACCUUGAAUUCAAAACAGAGACAUGAAAAUUAUAUCAAAAACGAAAAACAACAAAAACUUAUAUACCGAUGCUUGCACAAACUAUGGUCGCACGCACUGCACGUCAACCAAAAGGAAUGUUAA